CGCGUCGCUGCUGGUGUUCGGGCUCUAGCGAUAAUAAAUGAUAGAGGAUACAAUGACUUUGCUGUCUCUGCUGGGUCGCAUCAUGCGCUACUUCUUGCUGAGACCCGAGACGCUCUUCCUGCUGUGCAUCAGCUUGGCGCUGUGGAGUUACUUCUUCCACACGGACGAGGUGAAGACCAUCGUCAAGUCCAGCCGGGACGCCGUGAAGAUGGUGAAGGGCAAGGUCGCUGAGAUCAUGCAGAACGAUCGGCUCGGGGGGCUCGACGUUCUGGAGGCCGAGUUUUCCAAGACGUGGGAGUUCAAGAGCCACAACGUGGCGGUGUAUUCCAUCCAGGGCCGGAGAGACCACAUGGAGGACCGAUUCCAAGUUCUUACGGACCUACCCAACAAGACUCACCCGUCCAUCUUCGGGAUCUUCGACGGGCACGGGGGCGAGACUGCAGCUGAAUAUGUCAAAUCUCGACUCCCUGAGGCCCUUAAACAGCAUCUUCAGGACUACGAGAAAGACAAAGAAAAUAGUGUGUUGUCUUACCAGACCAUCCUUGAACAGCAGAUUCUGUCAAUUGACCGCGAAAUGCUAGAAAAACUGACUGUAUCCUAUGAUGAAGCAGGUACCACGUGUCUGAUUGCUCUACUGUCAGACAAAGACCUCACCGUGGCCAACGUGGGUGACUCACGUGGGGUCCUGUGUGACAAGGACGGGAACGCCAUUCCUUUGUCUCAUGAUCACAAGCCUUAUCAACUGAAGGAAAGAAAGAGGAUAAAGAGAGCUGGUGGUUUCAUCAGUUUCAAUGGCUCCUGGAGGGUCCAGGGAAUCCUGGCCAUGUCUCGAUCCCUGGGGGAUUAUCCGCUGAAAAACCUCAACGUGGUCAUCCCAGACCCCGACAUCCUGACCUUUGACCUGGACAAGCUGCAGCCCGAGUUCAUGAUCUUGGCAUCCGAUGGCCUCUGGGAUGCUUUCAGCAACGAAGAAGCUGUUCGAUUCAUCAAGGAGCGCUUGGAUGAACCUCACUUUGGGGCUAAGAGCAUAGUUUUACAGUCAUUUUACAGAGGCUGCCCUGACAACAUAACAGUGAUGGUGGUGAAGUUCAGGAAUAGCAGCAAAACAGAAGAGCAGUGAGCCCUUCGGGGUGGCAGCUGCCUUAGACUACAGGGCUUUCAGCACACUGGUCUCUUAAGGUAGUGAAAUGUGUGGGAUGUCCCUCUCUGCGGGGCGUAGGUCUCCAGUCAUGACGCACAGAGGGUGCUCUUGGUCGAGACAGUUGAGAGGCUGGAAAAUGGUUUCUUCAUGUUUCCCAACUCUUCCGUCCAGUGUUCAAAACCUAUAGAUAUGUAGUUGUAGUUUCACAUGUAUGAAGUGAAUGGCAUCUGUGCCAUCUAUUCUCCCUUUUAAGACUCUUUUCAGGAUCCCUCCCAGGGUCCUUCAGGCAUCAGACUUCGUGUGCUCUCUCUGGAGCAAUGAGCAAGACAGGCCUCCGGGAGCUGCAGGAGACAGGCCACGGCGUCCCCUGUGAGGCAGGGCCCUUUGCUGAGGGCACAGCUGUCCUGAGAAUGCUCUGUCCUCCUGAGCCCAGGUUUUCUCCUUGGCAGCAGUCCAGAAACAGAUUCGGAACCAUCUGUUAUUCCGAGGCUGCUCCUGGAGACUGAGGGAAGCCCAGAGGAUGGGAGCUGCCUGCACCCCAGAAAUAACCGUUUUCUCUCGCUCCCCUCUAUUAGUUAAAUAGACUUUGUGUGUCACCUGACCAGUCUGUGUGUGUUUAUCCUAAUCGUGCAUGACCUUAACCUUUCGCUUACACCUUCCCUUAGGUAAUAGGCAGCUGUUAAACGUCAGUACCGGACACGAUUUUUUGUCUUUCAUUACCAGAAACCUAUUAGCGGAAGUGAAAAAAUGCAAAUCACAAUAUCAUAAUUCCUUCCAUCUUUCAGGGUAGAUAGAGGAAAAUAAUGACUGACAAGUCACAGUGUCCCUUGGGAAGUGUGUUGUUUGCGGCGAGAGAGAAAGCUGGUGAGGUUACCGCCCUGCACUGAGCUCCAGCUGCCAGUGUGCGUGUACGUGUGUGUGUGUGUGUGUGUGUGUGUGUGUGUCCCUCUCCUCUACCAGUAGCUUUCAAGUGUCUUUUGAGCAGUGUUCUGAGAAGCAGCAGCCUGGACCUGCAUAUGUUUGAAGCCGAGUACAGAGUUCUCAGCCACAUUUUGGAAUUUGGUGGCAAACUGCUGGCAUGUGCAUGACAUCCCAGUGGAAAAACUGCCGCCUUUAACAUUUGGUUGCAAAUCACCAUCCACACUGGGUAGCUUUCCUCGGGCAAACCAUUCAGGGGCAAUGGAGCAGGUUGUUUGGGCAUUUCAGCUCAGACCUGUAUUGUUAAGCGGCCCAGAGUUAUUUGGUGGCCAGGCUUGCUGCUCUCCAUUUUCUAUCACCAAAGUCAUGUUUUCAAUCUCAGUAUUUUACAAGUUAGUUGACAGAAACUACUAGGUCAUCCUGUUUGCCUGACUGAAGUGGCUCAAACAGCCAAGCAAGAUUUUUGUCGUGUUCCUGGUCCUCUGUGUCUGAAAUGCCAGGGUGUCCACCUGGUUAUGCUCCUUCUGAGUUGGCGUUUGUUGUUAACAGCCCCAUUCACCAGCCACCUCCUGCCCUGCCUUUCUUCAGCUUGGAGCUUCCCUGAAGCAGGUUCCAGGAGAGAACUUGGGUGGAUGAAAAGAUUCCCCUCUGGCUACCAAGGACUGCAGUCUGUUUCAGUUCCUUGGAGCGCUUAACCUUUCUUUGACCGCAAUAAGAAUUAAUAAUGAUGUCCCAAGGAUUUGCUUACUUUUGUAAACUGUAACAUAGAAUUUCCAACAUUAGAAUUAGAACCUUGGUUAUUUGUUUUUUUUAGCCAUAGAAUGUUCUAGUACAAAAUAUCUACCACCAUUUUAGACUACAGUAUUAGCCUGUUGAGAGGCACUGAACAUUUAGAUGUGUGUAUUUGGAGGUUGGCGGGGCGGGGGGGGGUUGGGAGGGGAAAGUGGGAAGCCUACUGGCUGUGGUCAGUGAUGGGACAGUCAGGCCAGGUGGCCUGAGUGUGCGUGGAGAUGUAGGACGUUCUGACUCGAGAGUUGCCGCAGCCCACCAUCAAACUGGCGUUCAGGAAUAAGCGAUUUCAGCAUUUUACGGUACACAGUCAAUUUUUCUUUUUUCUUUUUAACUUAACCCCAAAAUUCAUAAUAACAAGGAAAAGACAUUUUAAAAUUCCAUGAUCAUUGUUUUUGUCUAAAAUGAAAAUAAGUAAUGUUUUGCUGAAGAUGAAAAAGAAAAUCUAUUAAAUGAGCACAUUAAUGUUUAUUUGCCCUACAAAGUAAUAGACGGUGCUGACGGUAGGGAUGCAUGACUUUCUCUCUGACUGAGGUUCACGAGACAUCUUCUAAAUUUUGCUGUGUAGAAUUGAUUCCUUUCUGACUUUAGCCAAGUAGUGUGUGUAUUUCCUUUUCCCUUUCUACCUCUUUUUCUCCCACUUUGGCUUGUAGAUUUUUAAAGAUAGAUGUUCUAAGCAAAAUAGCAGUUUGAUGAAUACCUGUGUCUAAAAUCUGAGUGCUUUGCUCCCUGCCCCUGUCCUGAUCUCUCUCCCUGACCCUCCUGCAGCUGUUGGGGGUCUGCAGGCUGCUCCCGUUUUUUUCUAGCGAUAGGGAAAGUUGAAUCUAGCUAUUAGGAAAAUUGAUUUGAGAAGUUUGCAUGUGAAGCUUCCCUAAACAGCACUGCCAAAGCUUUGGAAUUGUCACCCGAGGCUGCCCAGACUGCCUCGCCCGAGUUCGCGUUGCCAAUAGCCCCCAUGGUGCCAAAUUUGGGAUGGUUUUACAGUCUUUUAGAAACGAAGCUGGGAACGAGCGAGUCACCACGUGUCUGAGUCCCCAGCAAGAUGCCACGCCCAGGGCCUGGUUGGUGCACGCUCCGUUGCUGCCGCUGCACUGGCAAUCUGUACGCUUCCGAGGGGCUGUGGCUUGCGUGGGGGGGAAGGCAGGGACAUUGUUUUUAUAAUUCAUUGUAUUUGCAAUUCUCUAAUCAAAGAAAUAAACAAUACCUACAUAGAAAAUUCCAGAGCUAGUUCCCAAGACCUGCAUUUAUUUCAUGUGACCUAUUAGCCCAAGGCACUUAACUCUGAAGUUGCUGUUCUGAUUCGCAUAUGUACUCAUUACUGGUCACCAGUGGUUACCUUCUAUUCCUGCCUUAGAUUGAAGGUAUUGGCUUCUUGAAUCUUGUCUGCGCAAUAAGAGUAUUACAGAGAGUUUUAUAGAGCAAAGGAGCAUAUGCAAUCUGGAUAACUGAAAACAGGCCUUAUUUUAUACAACUUGAAUGAUUUCAGCCCAGGAACAUUUUGUGCCAACAGCAUUGUGUGAGGGUGAUAACCAUCUCGAUCCUAUCUGAAGUAAUGCUAGGAAACUGAAUACACUAUUGAAUUGGAUCACUGGGAUAUCUGGCAAGGCAUGAGGGAUUCACAAAGUCAGUGUUCACUUCUUUCUUUGCCUCGAUUUUCCUCGUUUUUUCCCCCCUAAGUUGUUGCCAGAUCGAACUCUCUUGGAACUGUGUUAACAGAAGGUUUAAAAAGGGCAACAUUUCAUUGUACAUUUGAAAGUAUAGGAAUACAUACUCUGGAUAAAGUGUUAUUUUCCAAUGAUUUCAGAAAUAUUUUUCCUCCUUUUGACCCAUCACGAGACUGAUCUUCCCCCAAAUUGCCUUAGCUCGUCACACCAGCAUUCCUGAGCCAGCACUGACCUGACUGUUACAUACCACGCUGGGGCUAUGUAACUGCCUCGGGAUUAAAUCAUUGAGAUCUAGACUUUUGAGCUAGUUAGCUGCACACUGCAGGAGGAACGGAAUCCCAGUGUUCCCCACUGUCUGUUUUACAGAACACAAGUUCCAAAGAUACUGCAAAUACAGGGUUUCAGGGUCAAAUGACUCUGGAAAACAGACUGUCUUAGAAAGUUAGUGUGAUAAGUACAUGGAAGCUUCUAAUUUAAAUGCCCUGCCAGGGAGAAGAAGCACAUCGCAGAUUAACUGCAGUUAGCUCGGUGUUUUGCAGAUGAAUUGGACCACAGACACUUUUCUAAGUAACACCUAGUAACAUUCCAAGGAGCACGUGUCCCACAGGAGCCACUUGGGGAAAGUCUGGUAUGUGGAAAUAUUACUGUUUUCUCAUUCACUAUGACUCUUUGUAGUAGCAGCACAAUUUGCAAUUUAGAAGCCCUAAUCCAUUCGACGAAGAAGCUGAUCUGUUAAUGAAAGCCGUGUUAAGAAAUAGUAUGAUUUAAUAUGACCAUCAGCAGCCUCACAUUGAUAGCAGAAGCUCGAUUAGCCUAGGUGAAGCCCAAGGGAACCACUGUUUCCCUUAGUUUAUGUGAAUAAUAAGCAAGAGAGCUUGCUAUAACUAGGGUUUCUCAAAUUCAUUCCAAGAGCUUUCAGUUGCUUUUUUGAAUUUAUCUUGGCCUUCCAGAUGGAAGCAAAAUAAAUGUUUUUCCAUUUCAUCAUUAUGUGACAGUAAAAGAAAUAUUUAAAAUAGUAGAAAAUGGGGGAAAAGUUAUAUUUGGUUUUAAUUCAUUGUAAAAUUUUUAACUAGAUUUUAAAAUUCAUGUAUCCGUUGUAUAACACAAAUGUAAGCUAUUAACACUUAAUUUGUUUUUUUCUUUCCUCUUUUGUCCCCAGAUUCAAUGAAAUAAUCUGAAAUCAAUCAAAGCUCAUUUGUUCUAAAAUCCCUGUCCCUUGCUGUGACACCUUUUCACAUUGUGUGUGAAGUUUGGCAAGUUAGCUCUUGUCUAAAAUGUCAGGCUUGACUCUAGCUACAUCAUCGUUAGUCUCAACCUGGACAGUGGGUUUGGGAAACUCUGGGAGAUAAUCCCCAAAGAAUGGAUGAGACAAAUCUAGGUGAAAACAUGGUACAAAGUGAAUUUAGGGUAAAGUCAUUAGCUUAAAAUUACAUCCAAUGUUUAGGAACUCACCCAUCCACUGUACGUUAUCCAAAAUAGUAAAAAACUGAAAGUAAAAUCUCUUAGACUAGGUGGCAGGUUACAGAGGGCAGAUGACAGUUGACACCAUAAUGCUUCCAUUAGAUAUGUGCUUCUAAACAUGUUUUCUAAUAAGUACAUUUUUGCUAAUUCUUCAUAAUGUUGAUGCUUUGUCCGUUUUUUUAUUUUUACCAUUGUUAAGGGGCAAACUGUUUAACCAAGGGUUGAUUAUGAUAGUUUUUAUGUGUUUAGCGAUAACCACACCAUCAUUUGUGCAAUCACUUUAAUAAAUCCAAGUUAAGGACUUUGAAGCGAGAGUGUAGUAACUUAACUGUUCAUUUUAACAAACAUUUUCACAAUUGUUUCACAAUAGGCAUUUUCACAAUUCAAAACUUGACCAAAAAGCAAGCAAGCAGCAAAGAUGUAGGUUAUAUUUAGAGGUGUGAUUACAUUUAUUUUAGAUGUCCUAUAAUCUGGCAUUAUUUAACCACAAAAUCCGCUCUGACAUUUGCCAAAUCUAAAUUAAUCUCAAAAACCUCUAGGGCCCAGAGUCCCUCGCUCUGAGCAAAGCAGCUUACUGUGAAGGCUCAGGUGGCAGAUUGUGGUGGGGGCAGGCAAGGGGUAAGUACAGCCUCGCUGGGUCGCUGGCUACAUCUGUAGGGGAUGGACCGUGUGUCAGCCACACUCGUCACCUUUUGUCAUGAGGAAAUUCAGAGGUUAAAUGUGCUAUCAGGCAUUAUCUCAACAUAUUUCUAGAUUAAUUAGACAAUGCAUAAUUUGAAAUGUGUUCAUGCAGAAGCAAAGGUAGAAGCCAUAGUCAAGGGAUUGGGGAAAAAAAAUCUUUUGAUACCCAGAUCUUAAAAAAUGUAAACAGUAGAUUAUCUAAAAUUUGGGUUCUCAGACUUUUGCCACGCACGUGUUGUGUUUAAUUGUGGUUGUGGGCAGCAGCACAGAUCAGUCAACGGCAGUUGUUCCCACUUUUAAUCUGUCCAAAUGCAUGGCUUCCCACUUACAGUUUUGGCUAGCGCUUUGCUUACAUGAUAAUGAGGACUGAAUUCUAAAGCUCCUUUUUGUAGGACUGAUGACACAGUCCUAUAGGUGGAUUCCACAGGUGGAAUCACAUUUAAGAAAAAUAGUUUGGAACAUUUUUAAUUAAAAGAAAAUGCAAAAUAAAUUUCCAGUGUGGUCAAAAUCAAAAUGUAAAGAAAAAUUUUUAAAGAAAAUAUAAAAAACAAAAUCAAAGGAGAAUACUCUAAAAGGAAAUAUUUUAAAUUAAGAAAAGGAGACACAUUUUAUUACUUUAUGAAUCAAGCUUUCUGAUAUUUGUGCUCUUUCUGAAAUUAAGGAGAUCACACUGAAAUAAGAAAAUGAACAUUGACUUAUUUGUAAAGUUACUAAAGUUACAGUCCCUAUUUCAUUCAUUCCCAAGGAAAAUGGAUAGAUAUGCUCUCAUAGAUAGCUGUCCUAAACUACCUUUACCAUCCUAGGUUCUGUUUACUUUCCAAAUUCUAGACAUGGUUUUACCCUGAAUCCUAAGAAUUCGUGCAUUUUCGAGGAGGAAAUACCCGUUUCAAAUUUUAAAAAAUAAUGCCAUAGACUAAAUGACAGACCUUCCAUUUCAGAGUGGCCAAAUAAAACUGAGGUAAGAUAAACAUAGUCACAGCUACAACCAAGAGUGAGUUUUAACAUACUGGAAAUUUUCCACAUACCAACGUGAGUACCCGUGAGUAUUCAAUUUAAAAUAGACGAUUUCACAAAAAAACAAGCUACAGGGUAAUUUAGUGUUCUUGCUUAUUAGAAAGUUUCUAAUCCGUAUAAAGCAAAGGGUCAUUUUGCUCAUCUAAUUUUUAAAAAACAUCCUGUAGAAAUGAUGUAGUAGACAUCUGUAACCUAAGAGAACGGUGUCUCUUGUGCAAUUUUGAAAUUCCCAUCUGUCUCACUAUCUGUAAGGACAGACAGUGACUGCUUAGUUUAGUAAGGAAAAGGUAUGAAGCCUGCUAUGGGGGAGAAAACUGGAACCAUGGGCCCAUAAGCAAGAAGACUCCCCUAUUUCGGCUCCAAGACCACAACCAAAUAGUCUUUAUGUGUUUCAUCUUGAUUGCCCUUUUACCUCAGGCAUACAUUCAGAAAAUGGAAAGAUAAAUACAAAAAUGGAGAAAACCCAUAACCUUUGUUUCUAGUUUAGACGGCAGUGUUUGCCCUUUUUAAUUUCUCCGAAAUACACGUUCACAUUGGAACAUGAACACCGACAAUAUUGUCUUCAGUUUAGAUUCCUAAAGCAAAUGGUUCUGGUUUAUAGCGCUUACAUAACUUCAUUUCAGAUUACAGAGUUGAAAUCUAUUUUGCAAAGCCUCAGCAUUCCCAUGCUCAGCCAGUAAAAAGAAAACAAAAACAAAAGAAGAAAUUCUAGUGAGUUCGGAAGAAUGAUUAUUCUGACAAGCCUGGAAAAUACUAAUGAAACAAUUCCCAGACACUCCAAUGUGAACUACGUGCCAAAGGUACAAGAUGUAUUUCUUGUUAAUAGAAGCAUCAUCGCGUUUAUAACAGAUUGAUUUACCUUAGAACAGAUUGAAUUGAGAAAGCCAAUAUUUUUACUAUCAGUAAAUAAUGCUUACAUAUUUUAUUCUUUCUUUUGUUAAUUUUUUUUUCUGAGCACCCCCAUGUGCCAAGCAGAGAUAGUCUAGUUGAGUGUACGCGUAUCUAACUGAGUGUGCUAAUUGAGUGUAGUGAGCAAUCAGGCACCAUCCCUGCCUCCUUCGAGCCCAGUGGAGGCUUCACAGAUAUUAACGCUCAGUAUUGGCUGAAUGGGGUGAAAAUUGGCAUCUUUCAUGAUUUCCUCCAAUAGGCUUCGAUCUGUGAGGACAGGCAGAAUUAGAGUAAUUCUUUCCUACACAUACUAGAGAGUCAAUGGUAAGAUUGGGAAUAGCUUGCUCACAUCCAAGCGAGCUGCAUCAGAUACUUACUCCAGGUUAAGUCACCUGAGUUUCCCAGGAUGGAGUGGGGAGGUGAGACAGGAAGCCAUGGGGACCAGGGCAAGGAGAGGCGAGUCCCAGUGGCAGGCCACCACUGGAAGCCUCCACCCAAGAUGGACAGCAUCUAUGCCAGGGCUCAGGUACAUAUGGUCAAAGUCAGGGUGUCGCUCCCUCCAGGAUCCUUCUGGAGGAAUGAGAGAAUUAUAGAAAAGGAGAACAGGGAACAAUGAGAACAUCUUUCCAUGGCUUAUUUUUAUUUUUGUUCCCAAGAGGCUAUUAGUGUAACAACCUCACACCCUAAAAGAGAACCCAGAACCGAGAGUGUUUAUCAUCAGUGUUCCUGAGAACAUAAAUUAGUGAAUUUGUUAUAUAGAAAAUGAACAUAUUUCAGAAAUACAAUUAUUUCUCAACUUGAAAUAUGAACAGAAGACUAAAUGCUCGAUUUUUUUUAAUCAUAAAUUUAGUACCCAUAGUUACUUUAGAGAUUCCAGAACCUAGGCAUGGAAUUUAAGUUUUAUAUUUGAUAUAAGAAUAGCAACAUCUGUUUUAUUCAUGGCAAAGCAAAAUUAAAUACCAAACUUUUAUUUUUAACCACAAGUCAUCACUUCCUUCUAAGUUAUUUGCUUAGUCAUUUCCCUGAGACAUCUCUUUCUUUUUAUGCCAACUGCUUCUUUAUCCAAGUAGUAUUUGUUAUUGCCAAAUUACAUUAGGUUCCUUUUGAAUUAGAAUAAUAGAGAGUGAAUGAGAAGAGAUUGGGAAUAUCUCAUGAUCAUAAGUGAAAUUUUUGUUGUGGUUUUGUUUUUAAGCAUGAGAACAUAUAAAAGGAAAUUCAGAUUAAGUCAAGACAAUUCUGAUUUGGUAAGAUUAAAACCGUAGGUGGAGCCCAAUUUUUAAGGAAAGAAAGGAGGGUUGAAGAGAGUACGAGAAAAAAAAAAAAGCCCACAGAAUUGAGUAGUGUUUCCAUGAAUGGUAUAUCUCAAAAGUUCUGAUCUCUUUCCCUGCUGAAUUUUGAAAAAGUAACUUUGUAUAAGCUUUUACUAUACCUAUUUCAACACCAUAAAAUUUUGCAUCAGCAUUUUCUUGCUGUUUUAAAAAUCAUAAGAGCUGUUUGUUUGUAAAAAAAAAAAAAAAAAAAAAA